GUGUGGGUCUUCUCCAGAGCCAAUCCAAGAUAGGAUGGCUGUAUCACUAACAGCAGCUAAAACUCUGGCCCUUCUAGGUACACAGGAUCAAGAAAAGGUUAUGAUGAUGGAGCCAAAGGAAGAGAAACAGACUUGGGAAUGUGAGACCAGACUACAUGGGAACCACUCUCCCAGUCAAGAGAUCUUCUGCCAGCACUUCAGGCAGCUCUGUUACCAAGAGGCUCCUGGUGCCCGGGAGGCCCUGAACCGACUAAGGGUCCUCUGCUGUGAGAGGCUGAGGUCUGAGAGUUACAGCAAGGAGCAGAUCCUAGAGUUACUGGUGUAUCUGCAGUUUCCAUCAAACAUUGCAGAAGAUGAUGCAGAGACCAAGGACAAAGGGUCAUUGCCACAACCACCCAUUACUGAAGAGGAAUCACAGGUGCUCAGAGAAAAACUCGCCACCAGCACCACUACCUUUGAAGCUGCCUCUGAAGGUGAGGGCCCUUUAGAGCAGCAGCAGAGAAAUCUCAAAAGGGAGAGACUAAGGGAAUCCCCCACUCAGGGGAAAAGCUUCAGACAGAUGACUGUAACCCAUAAGAUAACUCCCACAGGGAAGAAAGACCAUAAAUGCAGUGAAUGUGGUAAAGCCUUCAUUUAUAACUCACACCUUAUCAUCCACCAGAGAAUUCAUUCUGGAGAGAAAAUCUAUAAGUACAGUGACUGUGGGGAAAUGUUCAACCAGAGUUCAAACCUCAUUCAGCAUCAGAGAAUUCAUACAGGAGAGAAACCCUACAAGUGCUAUGCCUGUGGGAAGUCCUUCAGGUGGAGUGCUCAUCUUGUUCAGCAUCAGAGGAUUCAUUUGGGGGAGAAGCCCAACAAGUGUAAUGAGUGUAGGAAAGCCUUCAGUCAAAGCUCCUGUCUAAGUCAGCGUCUGAGUAUCCACAGUGGCGAGAAACCUGUCAUCUGUAAAGAAUGUGGGAAAGCCUACAGAUGGAGUCCCAAGCUUAUCAGACACAAAAGGGUUCAUGCCAGAGAAGAGCCUUCCACAUGGCAGUCCAUGUGGGUGAGAAAGUCUCCAGGCAGAGUUGUACUUUUUUCUAAUCAGUGUUAGGACUAGAUUCCAUAAAAGUUAUAAGUGCCUUAAGAUUUUUCCUGUGUCUUUCUUGAUUUAGGAAAAACUGUUAUCUAGUCCUACUACCUGCAGGUCAUCAUUUCACACCCUCUGUUUGAGAUGACUGUAUCAACUAGCAUACCUUUGGCUUCGAGUAACAGCCAACAUGCCAACUUCAUUAGAGUUCUGGGUCUGGCACAGAGCUGCUGUGCAGGUAAUGGCCAUCCUCUAUUGGUAUUCUUAUGAAUGGGUCUCUGGUCCUGGCCCUUCCUCAGCCCCACAGUAAUCUGCCUAUUGGGACAGGGACCCAUCUACAACUGUCCAACCAU